UUCAAAAUGGCGGACGAAGACAGGUUUUGUUUCUAAACAAAAAAUCAAGCUAAGAUUAAUCGAGUUAAAAAAAAAUCGAUCGAAAUCCAGUUGCAAAAGAAUACUGAAGUAUUGUGACAAGCUGAUAAGCCUUCUUGUGCUUUGUCGUCACUGGAAACAAGAGGAUUUCAAUGAACAUUUCUCAAAGUUAUUUUUUUUAGCUGAACACUUAUAUUCUGAAUUGCUGUCAAAAAAGAUAUAUUAAGAAUGAUUUUGAGCUGAAAAGUUAUAAUUUUAAGAGUUGGAGACGCAUAUUUUAAAUGGCAGUGACGUUUUGAAGACGAAAAAUCUCUUCAUCCGACAAUUUAGUAUGAAACAUUUUAGUGUACAUUAACAAUGCUCAGUUUUGCAAUCAAAGGUUUUCAACGUUUAAGUGGAUGUCUAUGGAGAAGUAUAUUCACCAUGUGGGAUGCUAUAACUUAUGGAAUAACCAAGUCUAUGUUCAUUCUGCAGUACAUAUUCCUUGGAUUGAUAUGUGUGACAAUUGAUUAUUUGUUAACACUUCCCAUUAUUGAUAACAGGGAUUUUAGCAGAGCUAUGGUUGAUAACAUGGGGCAUGCUUUGAUUGGUGGAGUCAGCUGGAUCACUGUUGUGGGUAUUCAUAGAAAGGGUAUAUUACAGGCGAUUGGUUGCGCGGUGAUGUCUAGUCUUAUUGAUGUGGAUCAUUUUGUUAUGGCAAGGUCACUUCAUUUAAAGAAUGCUGUUUCUCUGCCCCAUCGUCCUCCACUGCAUGCAACAACAAUCCUUCCAUUUGUGGUCCCCAUCCUUCAAGUUUGGUGCGCACAGAACAUUCCAUGCCUGCACCAUCUACCAUACAUGUUCAUAGUUGCUGUUCUCUCACAUCACUUGCGAGAUGCGUAUAGGCGUGGUCUAUGGUUUUGGCCAAUGGGUAGCACACCACCCCUCCCCUACUGGGUCUAUUUAAGUUGUGUGGUGAUUUUGCCAGUGAUCGUUAGAGAUGCUAUUGAAGCUAUUGAAAAGCUUCCAGUUUCUGAACUAGGGACUGAUGGAUUGCAAGGAAAAGCAAUUCAAGAGCAAGUAUAGCUAGCUAUCGGUAUAUGAAUUUGUAUAGGAAAUCGCACGAUCUUGAGUACAAUUUGGAAAAAAGGAUCGUGCAAUUACAAGAACUUUCAAAACAUUACGAGUGUCUAUUAAUUCCAAAUUGUACGAGAAGAUCGUGCGAUUUUUUGUUUAUAGUUCACUCAACUAAAUUUCAGUAAAAAAUGCAAAGCAACGCUUUUCAUCUUUGUCUAUUUGGCGGCUGAUUUUCAGUCUAUCGCACAACUGAAAUGCAUAACAAAGAUUAGUUCUUACGGCUUUAAAAUUUUAUUUAUAUGUUUUUUAAGUACAAAAUGAUAGAAAAUAAUUGUUUUGACAUUGUUU